AUGACUGAUAAAAAAGGAAAGAAGAAAAAAACCGUUUUAUCGACGACUAGUCCCUCACAUUUGGCGGAAAAGUCAAAGGCACCGCAAGAUUCGGUUACCACUAAUUGGUUGCCUGAACGUAUUUCUUCAAAGCAAUUCACCUAUAAAGGACCACUUGUAAUUCGCGCAAAGCAAGAUUCUACUGUGCGACAUGAAUUAGAAAGUGAAGAUCCAUCAAGUUUGGAAUCCGGGCAUGUUACAUUUGAUGAUGCACUUAAUGAAGCUUAUGAAGUAGGAACUGGUGUCGAAAUUCGACUUAAUAACGAAAACCAGGAUAAAGAAAGGAAUAAAAUUGUACAGAAAACUGAACAAAAGGUAAAUCAGAGAAGAAAAUCAAUAAGCUCAAAGGCUAUUCUGCUGGACCACUAUGGUUCUGCUGGAACUUUCAUUCAUGCAGUGAUUUAA